CUGCACAUCAUGUAAUAAAUUGGAUUCAAAAUUUUAAUAGCUUGACAGCCCUAAUAUAUAUAUAUAUAUAAGUAGGAUUAUACAUGUAUGUGAAUCUCAAGAACAAUGAAAAUUUUAUGAAUUACAGAAAUGUAUGUUCAGUUCAUUAUAUUCCCCUAAAAAGUCUCUCAUAUCCAGGAGAAUGUAAAGCUACUGCUGAUUAUAUUUAGAUGAAUUCUUAAUGCAUGUUGUGUUUCCCAUUUAAUUUUAAUUUUAUUCAUCAUUAGCCAUAUCUCACUGUGCCAAAAUGUCUAUGUAAAAUUAUCCUGAAUGAUUUACAACUUCAACAAACCAGCAAUGUCACUACAUUUUUGUCUGUUUCUGUGAUAUUGUUUUAUACAAAUGCUAUAACCUAAAAAGAGUACAAAGUGUUGAACAGAGGGAGCUAAAUCAGGUUUAUCCAGUUGACUCGUUGUGACAGGAAAUAACCACUAGAUGGAGACAUUAUCAAAUGAGGAGUUGCAUAUUCAGCUCAGCUCUAAUGACAAGACAGUUCACCUUUGACCUGCUCACACACAGGGUUGCUUUCCAUAACUUACUAAAAUGAGUAACAAAUACAAAAUGCUUACUAAAGAGCUGCCUAAUUAAUUUAAUUUAAAAAUAUAUAUAAAUAUGUAACUAAUGUAGAAUCAACCUUUUCCCAAAAGCUGAAAUGCUGCUGAGGGGAUAAAUGAAGACAAAGAUUAUGUGGUUAAUCCAGAGGUGUUUGUUUAUUUCUUUUAAUUCUGAAAUGACAGCAAAACUCAAUUUGGGAUCUGAGUAAAGUAAGCUAUUGCAAAGAUAAACGUUCAAAAAGAGACAAUACAUGUCCAUAACAUUAACACAAACUUAAUACACGGCUCUCUGGAAUAACUGUACAUUUGUGCCUCUUUAGUGUCACUGGUCUCUUCUCAAAUUCUUCUCAAACUGCUUUGGAUAAAAGUGCCAGAUAAAUAUAUAUUUGGUUACUUAUAUAUUUGAAACAAUAUGUAUUGUGAAAAGCGCUAUAUAAAUGAAGAUGACUUGAUUUGACUUGACCGAGAUCAGAUUAAUACUGUGGAAACUACAAAGUGGAAAGUAGUUUUUCAUUUAAAAGUUGGAAACACUUGUGCAUUGAGUUUGAAAUUUAGGAUAUAAUGAUGAAAUAAUGAAAAAAGUGAUAGUGAAUAUGAGCAAAGAUGAACUCCCAGCAGAAGUCGAGGGGAGGGGACGUUUAUGUGUAUAAAAAUCAGCUAAACGUGUUUGCCAAAGUUGGUGUCAUCCACCUUACUGGGAACAAUGCAAACACUUUACACUGAGGAUCGAAUGAGACACUCACUCAGCUGGAAAUACCAUUAUUAGAUUAUUAUUCUUUUUUUUUUUUUCAUACAAUACAAGACUUGAUAUCUCUCCAAAGUACUUAAUAUUAUCAUGAAUCUCACAGCAGUGAACCAAUCUGAUGGCUGUCAGGAAUAUUUCUGUCCAGAGAGAUCUGUUUCUUUAUCUGUCUAUGUGAUUCUGUAUGUGGCCGCAGCAGCUGUGGCUCUUCUGACCGUGUGUGGAAACCUGCUGGUCAUCAUCUCUGUUAGUCACUUCAAGCAGCUCCACACACCUGCUAACAUCCUCAUCCUCUCUUUGGCUGUGUCUGAUCUGCUGGUCGGAGUUUUUGUGAUGCCACUUCAUCUAUCUUGGCUCAUCGAGUCAUGUUGGAUUUCUGGACCGGUCAUGUGCUCGGCUUUCAAUUUUGUGACUUUUCAAGCAACAAGUGUGUCUGUUCACACUGUGGCUCUAAUCGCAGUUGAUCGGUUUUUGGCUUUACGCUCACCUUUUGUUUACUCUGAGAAAAUCUCACCCAAUGUGAUCUGCAUUGCUACUUUAUUUAACUGGCUGUUUUCACUCUUUUAUAACAUCACUCUUCUCUUCAUUAAUGGAAACUUCACUGAUGUCACAUGUCCAGGAGAAUGUCUUUAUAUUGUAGAUGAGGUUUCAUCCCUCAUUGAUCUCCUGGUUGUGUUUCUUGUGCCAUGUACACUCAUCAUAAUAUUAUACACUCAUGUUUUUGUCAUUGCUAAGAAACAUGUGACUGCUAUAAGAGCCCUUCAGGUUCACAACAGCACCUCUAAAAACAGAGUCAGUGACAAAUCAGAGCGAAAAGCUGCAUUAGCUCUGGGGAUUCUGGUCUUUGUGUUUCUUUUGUGUUUACUGCCAUAUUACAUUUUUUCUUUAACAAAUUUCUUAAGAGAUGACUCAUUUUCUAAUGUUAUCAACAGUGUUUUGAUUCUCUUUUACCUUAAUUCCUCUAUCAAUCCACUUAUUUACGCUAUGUUAUACCCGUGGUUUAAGAAAAGUUUAAAAAUAAUUCUAACUCUUAAAGUAUUCAACACAGACUCCUCUCUGAUGAAUGUGCUCUCUUUAAGCUCUUAAUAUGGAAUCAUGUCAAACAAAUGUUUCCUUUUUUGCUUUUUAAUUGUUUUAGUUUUUCGUGAUGUUCUUUUCAUCAUUAUUGAUAAAAUAUGAUUAUUCUUAUUUUUUGAUGAAUAAAACCAGGCGUGUUAUACAAGAAGCAUGACUUUAUUAUCUGCACAAAGUUUAUUAUCUGCACUGACGCUGAUUAUACAUGCUGAAUUGGCCUAAAAACGGUGCACUGGGAAAACUUAGUCGGCCAAUGCUUAAAAACGGUCCGACGUUGCCCGACGGCCAAUCGUUGGCUUGGUGUGUCCCGGGCUUUUGGCUGUCAUCCUCAUAAUGGAAUAUGUCAGAUAAGACAUCUAUAGGUCAUACUGUAGGUUUGGCUUUUUACAGAAAGCAGACUAUACAAACUAUACAAAUGCAAAGUUAUAUGCACAUACAGAAAUGUAUAAUUCUGCAAUCUCUAUGUCUCUCACCUCAAGGCUAAAACACUCAAACAUUUCCAUUGUUGAUAAGUUGUUCUUGUUUAAAGAGUGUUUAUAGUGUGUUUUGCCUAAAGUGAAUAAAAACUUCCACACUGGAGUUUUACGAAUGUAUGUAAAAUUCAUUCUUCUACAGCAUUUAUUUGUUUUAUACAGUAUAAGAAUACAUACAUUUUAAUGUGUAGG